GACGUCAAGAACGGUCGAACUCUAAAAAUGAGGCAAGACGAAGACCCGCCAUCAGAGCCAUCAGAAGAAGACUUCACAAUCGUGAGAGAAAUCUACGACUCGGAUGAAUCUCAAGAGAGAUUUGCUGAGGAAUUGGAACGAGCACUAGAGGCAUCUCGCUCUAUAAUAAUCAUUGAACCGUAUAAGUUAGGCGAGGAGACGGCACGUUGGAUUCAGUUCGGAAAUUUCCUCCACAAAGCGUCCGUCCUGUCAGGUGCGGCUUGUCUGUCUACUCCUCUCUUGACCAACACAUUGUCGGUCGUCUACCUUCCAUGUGGAGUUACAAGUGUUUUCUGUGCUUUAUUCUAUGGCCUGUCAUGGGCAGGUGAUCCGUGCUGUAAGUAUCAGAUUGACUAUGAAGGACAUGCGUUGGCUAGGAUUCCAGCUCAGAGGUUGGGCUCGGGUUCACCUUUAGUUCUAGUUCGUAAGGAUGAUGUGCAUAGGAAGAGACUGCAUAAUGUGAUUGCUUUAGCAUCCGCUGUGUAUUGUGGCUGGCAGGUGUACUGCUGGCUUAGGUCAUGAUCUAGAGUGUUGAUGAGGUUGGAUGUCAAUUGGUUAUUUAUUAGAGGGAAACAAAGGAUAUCAAAAUGUC